AACCAAAAAAAAAAGAAGAAAUCAUUUUUUUGUUAUCAUGUACAAUUGAAUUUUUAAAACAAGAAAAAAAUGUUCAAACCUCUCUCUUAUUAUUUCAUGUACAUAGUGAUAUAUCGUUAUUUUUAAAAUUUUUCUUUUCUCUUUUUAAUUAUCUAAACAAUUAUUAAACAAAUUAUUACUAGCAUGGAACAUGGCUUCCCCGCAUUAAGUACACAGUGCAAGCAUUUGCAGAGUGUAAAAGCAUUUUCAGUUACGGUUAAGCGACAUAGACUAAGUAGUAGAUUAUGCAAAAUUUCAUCAAUUUCAUUGAUUUAAACAUGAAUUUAUCGACAACAGUCGUUUAUCGUGUAGAUUUUUUCCGUUUGAAAAUACAAUAAUUUUCCAUAAAAAACUGUCACAUAUCAAUUAGAAUGAUGGAUACAUAUACCACUGUUAAGGUCAUUGUAAAGGUUAUGCUUAAUAAAUUGCUCUUUCUCCGAUUUUUCUCAAUAGGGAGGGCUUAUAAUCAUUUUAUUCAAUGGGUUAAUUUUGACCUGUUGAUUUAAAUGGUUCCUCCCUUUAAAUAAAUUCUAAAAUGAAAGGUUUUCUUGCACACUUUGAAAAAAAAAAAUUAAAUUGCCAUCAAUGAAUGUCUGCCAUCUAUCGAUUUGUAAUUCAGAAUUAUCACAUGUGAUGUUUUCAUUUUUGUUUUGUUGAAUUUUGCAAUAUAAUUUUCAUUUUUUUUAAUUUAAAUUUGUUGCGCAAUAUUUUCACCAUGCACAGACUGAGAGAUGACCUAAAAAAGAAAAUAAUUCAUCGUCAUCAUCAUUAACAUUGGAUCGAUUAAAUCGAUCAAUCCAAUAACAACUGCAAAAACAAUGAAAAAUAAUGAUUGUGGAAAAUAAACUAAUUUAUUUAUAUUUUGGUUUCGAAAUUUCUUUCUUGUUUCUGGUUAUGGCUGGAAUCCACACAAUCAAUCCAAGUUUAGUGAUAAAAAAAAGAUGUCGAUGAUAUCAAUAUCGAAUAUAUCAAAUUUUUUUCUCUACUUUUCCAAUGAUCAUCAAAAAUGGUUCUCGAUACAUUCCACAUUGAUUUGAUUAAUCAAUCAAAUGAAACUUUAUAUUUUUAUCGACAAUUUACAAAUUGUUACAAGUGUCCUUUGAUAUUGAAAACAUCUAUCCAUCCUGGUCAGAAACGUAGCAUUGAACUUCGUAGCUAUUUUACACAAGCAUUCGCUAUUAGCCAUAAUAAUGAUACAUUUUGGUUGCCUCGAAAUGAUUCCUGUAAUGAUCCAACAACAUCGGAUUGUGCUUCCAUUCAAACCAUAGAUGCACGUGAUAAAUCACGUUAUCAACUUUUAAUUAAUAGCCAACAAAAUUGUCAUAUUGAAAUGUUGGAAUCCGGAGAAAAUCAAUGGAUACCGGCCAUGAUUGUUAUUGUUGUAUAUUUGGUCGCUAUAUUUUCAUUGAUUUAUGGACAUCAAUAUAUUGUGAGAAUAUGGAAAAAUUUUUUGAAUCGUCAUCAUUCAUCAUCACCGCCAUCGACGCUUGCACGUAAUAAUACAGAAUCACCAACAUAUUCUACGGAACCGAUACCAUCGAUACAACGUCAUCGUUUCCAUUCAAUUGAUGCAUUUAGAGGUAUGGCAAUCAUGUUAAUGAUAUUCGUAAAUUAUGGCGCCGGUCAAUAUAAAUCAUUGCAACACGUGCCAUGGGAUGGUUUCCAUUUGGCCGAUGUGGUAUUUCCAUUUUUCAUUUUUGCAAUGGGAAUGUCUAUUGCUGUUAGUUUUAAAAAUAUUCAAAGAAUCAAUGAUAAUCGUUAUCAAAUAAUCGAUCGGAUCGUUAGACGUUCGAUUAAGUUAUUCGUAUUGGGUAUUAUUGUCAAUUCUAUUGGUGCCGCCGAUAUUGGAACAAUAAGAAUACCAGGAGUGCUACAACGAUUUGCUUUAUCAUAUGGAAUCGUUGCCACCGUACAAUUAGUCACGGUUAAUCUGAUCAGUAGUACAAUAAUGCCAAGAUGUUUAAAUUGUAUAAAAUUAUGGCCACAAUAUGCAUUGGCAUUGAUUAUGAUAUUGAUAUAUGGAUAUUUAUCAUUCGGUUGGAGAUUUGAUCCAAAUUGUCCAAUUGGUUAUACUGGACCUGGUGGUUUAUCCGAUAAUGUUUCGUAUCCAUUCUGUAUUGGAGGGGCUGCUCAUCGUAUUGAUCAAUUAUUAUUUACAAGAAAUCAUUGUUAUCGUGGAAAUUUUGCCGGCAUUCUAUUUGAUCAAGGUUAUUUCAAUCUAUGGCAUGAUCCAGAAGGUCUGUUAGGUACAACUAAUUCAAUUGUAUUGACAAUCAUUGGUCUACAAGUUGGUCAUACUGUUUUACAUAAUGUACAACCAUGGGCUCGUUUUCGACGUUUUAUUAAUAUGAUUGCAUUUUUGGCACUGACGACCAUCAUUUCGGUAUAUGGAUUGAAAAUUUCAAUCAAUAAAAAUUUAUGGUCCAUUAGUUUCGUAACAUUUAAUGGAUGUUUAGCCACCAUCGUGUUUGCCAUUCUUCAUUAUCUUAUUGAUUUGAAACGAAUAUGGCCAAUGGGUAAACCAUUGAAUUAUCCUGGACAAAAUUCUAUUGCAUUAUAUUUAGGACAUGAAAUUGCUAACGAUAUGUUACCAUUUAAAUUGGCCAAUUCAUAUUCCACACAUUGGCAAUAUUUGGCACAGAAUUUAUUUGCCGUUACUAUUUGGCUGUGGAUUUCCUAUUGGCUGGCCAUUAAUGAUAUUUUCAUUAAAGUUUAAUCAAUCAAUCA